CAAGUAACUAAAUGUCAAAAGAAUUUUAUUUCAUUUAGUCUCUGAAUUGCGACCGGUUAAAAGACAACUAUAAAGUAUAAUAAAAAAAAAGGAACCAUGGCUUUGGUAAAAAUGGUGUCAGUUGAAGAAGAAAUGAAACGUAAUCCAGAUCUAAAAGAAUCAGAUCUCAAGAUGUUGAAAGAAUGGUACGAAAAGCAGCCGCAUUUGCCAAAAAUAUCCGACAGCGAGCUCGUUUUAUUUCUUCACAGUAAUUACUAUCGUUUGGAACCGACAAAAACAACAAUUGACACCUUUUACACCGUGAGAACUCAUGUACCUGAAUUUUUUUUCAACAGAGAUCCUUUGGGAAAUAAAGAUCUUAGAAAUAUGUUCAAAACAGCAGCCUACUUUCCACUGGAGGGUGAAACACCAGAGGGUUUCAAAAUAAUAUACGGGCGUCUGAUUAAUUUCGAACCGUCAGCUUACGUUUACAAUGACGCCAUUAAAUACUGGAACAUGUCAAUGGAUCUUUGGAUGUACACCGAAGGUACAAUGAAGGGCCACAUUAUUCUCGUUGACUUGGCCGGUCUGUCUUUCGGUCACACUACUCGUCUCAGUCCCAUGGGGUUGAAGAAAUUCCUCUUUUACCUCCAAGAAGGACUUCCCGUUCGUCUUAAGGGCUUGCAUUUCACGAACUCGAUUCCAGUUAUGGAAAUAAUUCUAGGAAUGAUGAAGCCCUUCAUGAAGAAAGAGCUUAUGGACAUUCUCCAUAUUCACACGAGUAAUGAAACUCUAAAAAAAUUUCUGCCUCUUGACAUUUUGCCAAACGAAUCUGGCGGCAAAGCUGGACCGCUAAUGGAGCUGCAUGAGAAAAAUAUAAAAAGAUUGGAAGCUCACCGCGAUUUCUUCAUGGAAGAAGAAGCUAGAGGUCGAGUCGACGAAUCUCUGCGUCCUGGAAAGGGGAAAAAUGCAACAGAUCUUUUUGGAGUUGAAGGAAGUUUCAAAAAACUUGACAUCGAUUAGUUUAUUGCUGCUGGUGUCAACGGAAGCUAUUAAAGUUUUUUUAUUCAUUAGUUAUUUAUAAAUAUACGGCAAUAAAAUAUGUUA